GAUACAAGUAUGAUCUAUAAAAUUUAUUAUAUUAUUUAUUCAAAAAGACAAUGUAUAAAAAAAUUGUCAUUCGGUGUCAUAGCAAUAUUUUUGGUUUUUAGUUUUUUAAUGGUAAAUUUCGUAGAUAACCAAACAGACCAUCAUGGGGAAAAUAAGAAAAUCUAUAACACAAUUAGGAAAACAUUUUCACCUACAUACUCAAGUUAUUUAAACGUCACAUAUUCGAAAACCAUUCAAAGAGGAAAACGAAAUAUAGAUAAUAAUGUUAUGCGUGAGACUCACAUACAAUCACUAAAGGUUAGUGUUUUGAUGGAUCCAACGAAAGAUCCAUGUACGAAUUUUUUUGAAUUUGCAUGUGGAGGUCCUCGAAUUGCCCAAACCGAUAGGUCCCAUAAUAACGUAUUACUGAACUUUAUAAGAAGUGAUAUUGACCUUAAAUUUAACAAAACCAUGCCGUUUCUGAAAGUUUAUAAACAAUUUUUUAUGACUUGUUUGCAAGGGGGUUAUAACUACGACUACAAAACGCGAUUAAAGUUUAUUUUAGAGGAUAUAAACAAAUCGAUUUCGAAAAAUAUUACCUUCUUGUUCUCUGAAUUGAUUUUAAGCCAAAGUUUGCCUUUGUUCGAUGUCAGUGUGAAUUUUUUGGAGAACACCGACAGUUUUACUUUAAGGUUUGCAAAUGGGGAAUCAGAAUUAAAAAGCAAAUUGAAAAAUUGGGACUAUCAAGAGCGAUGUAAUACAAGUUGUUUAAAUAAAGAAAGACGAAAUAUUUAUACUGAAGAUACUAUACCUUUGGAUGACAUGUAUGAAAGGUAUAUACAAUGUUCUGAAACUUGUUAUUUAGAUGGUUUUUCCAUGUUUUUGAAGCAAGUUGAAAAUGAAUUAAAUUUUUAUCAAGAGUUUUUAAAAGAAAAAUCUAAAAUCGUAACUUUUUUAAAUAAUUUGGUGGAUUAUGUAUCCGAAAAGUACAGGUAAUAUUGUUACAAUCUCAGUCGACGAUUUGAAAAAACAAUUUCAAAUAGUCGGUUUAGAUUGGUUGGAGUUGCUGCAGUUGAUCACUGGCAAGCAAAAUGUAAACGGCAAAAUUCAAAUCGACUUGGACUACUUCACAAUUUUGAUAGAUGAAAUGAGUAGACUUAAAUUUAACACAGAAACUUUGAAAUAUUUCCUUUUGAUUUCACAAGGGUUGACUUGGUACGAAAACACAGUCGUUCGGAAAUCGGUAGAAAGAAGUGAAUUUUACUGUAUAGGUCUUACAAGACAACUUAUGCCAGAUGUUACAAAUUACAUUUUUCAAAAGAUUACGCCAAAAGAAAAGUUUAAAAACGAUCGUCAACUCAAAUAUGUUGCUGAUAUUCAAAACAAAAUUGAAAAAGCAUUCAACAAUUCUGUCGUCAGUGACGUUCAGUGGACUAAAAUGAUCAGGAAUAUAAGAUUUGUUACUGAAACGCCUCAUGACACCAAGUUUGAAGUUGCGUUGCAGAAAGUGUACGGUCCUGUAGCGUUAGCUGGUGAUUUUCAGGUAGAUUUGUAUAAGCUUAUAAAAAUUUACAGGAAGCAAAUAUUUAAUCUCACUUUUUCGCGAGAUUCCAAGGAAAAAAAUAAACUAUUUACAUAUUUUAUAAACUCAUACGAUGAAAACCCUCAUCUUUUUAAUUCAAUUAACACCAUUGCUAUACCUUUUGGAAUGUUUUAUUCAGUAUCAGAAAAUCUUCCUGAGGUUAUUCGCUAUAGUAAAUUAACAUUUAGAUUGGCACGAGCUAUUAUGAAAAAAUUUAAUCUUAAUACUAUUAGGACUAUGGGAAAAUAUAUUGAAACUAUUUAUGAAAAUGUUUUAUAUAAUAGUUUGUACGACACGAUUAGCGACUAUGCUGGAAAAAGUAUCUCUUUGGAUUUUGAAUCAGAUUUAUCAGCGGAAAACAGACUUUUGGAAAAUUCAGCAUUUUCUAUCGUUGAUUUGUAUAAACCAAAUGUCAGCCAGAAAUUACCAUGGUUUUCUAAUUAUACAAGUAGCCAGAUAUUUUACUUAACUGCUGCUCAAGAGUACUGUCUCGAUAAAGAGGAUCUUAUAGAUUUUAUGUACAAAUCGAAAACUAACAAUCCACUUUCAGCCGCUUACCAAAUAGAAAAUAUAGUAUAUAAUACCCCGAAUUUCUUUAAUUGCGUAAAUGACGAUGCUGUGUCGUUUCCGUUACAUACUUUAAAAGAAAAUAACUCUUAGAAUAAUAAAUUUUUAUUAUACAUA